AUGCCUUCAGUCUUGCGUAUGCUCUGUAUUUUGCUCAGCCUUCUCUGUUUCAACACCUCAAUACUAGCUGCAGCACAAGCAAACAUGUCUGAGAUCGAUCGCCAUGCCCUCCUUUGCUUCAAGUCAGGCAUCAACUCUGAUCCCCUUGGCAUCCUACACUCAUGGGGCAAUGGCUCGCUUGACUUUUGCAGCUGGAAAGGGGUCGCCUGCGGCACCAAGUUUCCACCCCGGGUGGUCUCUCUUAACCUCACCGCUGCUCGUCUCGGUGGGCAGUUAUCUGGAUGCGUGGGCAACCUGACAUUUCUUUCUCGGAUGAACCUUGCUGAUAAUCAUCUGUCAGGAACCAUCCCCGAAGAGUUGGGUAAGCUUCCAAACCUUCAUACACUGAUUCUUGCAGGCAGCAAUCUGGAAGGUAACAUCCCUGAUUCACUAGGCGCUAGCAGUUUUCUUAGCUAUGUCGACCUUGCAAACAACACACUUACUGGCAAAAUCCCUCUCUCAUUAGCCAGUAGCUCCUCACUCAGCAAACUUAUACUGUCACGUAAUAGCCUCUCAGGAGAGAUCCCUUCUACUUUGUUUGGUAAUUCAUCCAAGCUUACCGUCGUUGAUCUCCAGAUGAAUUUUUUCACUGGUCCCAUCCCACAUUUCCAUAAGGUCACAACACUCAAAUUUCUUCGUCUGACAGACAACUUCCUCUCUGGGAGCAUACCUCCUUCAAUAGGAAAUGUUUCUUCCCUCACUUCUAUAUUGCUCGGCCGAAAUAGGUUAUCGGGAUUAAUUCCAGAGACUUUGAGUCACAUUACAAAACUGCUUGAGCUUGAUCUAAGUUUCAACAGCUUAUCAGGGAGCGUCCCGUUGUCUUUUUACAACAUGACAUCACUUGAAUUCUUUAAUGUGUGCAGCAAUGCCCUUGUUGGACAGAUGCCAUCUCACAUUGGUUUCUCACUACCAAACCUCCAGUUCCUUAUCAUGGGAAGCAACAGGUUGGAGGGCCUGAUCCCUGCUUCACUAUCCAACAUGUUAAAUCUCCAAACACUUGAUCUUUCAAACAACUCGUUACAUGGCUCUGUGCCAUCUCUUGGUUCUUUGGCAAACUUGGGUCGGUUGGAUUUAGGAAUGAACUUUCUAGAAGCACAUAACUGGUCAUUUCUUACAUCUCUAGCAAAUUGCACCCAGCUGACAAAGUUGUCCUUGGAAGGGAAUGUUCUAAAUGGCAGCCUACCUAUAUCAAUUAUUAAUCUUUCCAGGAGACUAGAACAUUUAUCGCUUGGGUCAAACCAAAUUUCGGGCUCCAUACCUGUUGAGAUUAGCAAUCUUGUUAAUCUCACUUUGCUUGGGAUGGAAAGCAAUUUUCUUUCUGGAAGCAUACCUUCUACCAUUGGCAAGCUACGAAACCUAUAUGUCCUAAAUCUGUCAAAGAACAAAUUAUCAGGUCAGAUCCCCCCCUCAAUUGGUGACAUUACUCAACUGGGCAAGCUUUAUCUUGAUGAUAACAACUUGAGUGGAAACAUACCUGGUAGUUUAGGUCAGUGCCCGGGGCUUCUUGAACUAAACUUGUCUCGAAAUAGUCUUGAUGGCUCAGUACCAUCCGAAUUGUUUGCUAGUCCUCCACUCUCCUUGGGUCUGGACUUCUCACACAACAGUCUCACAGGGGAACUACCAUUGGUAGUUGGUACACAUAGCAGUGGUGGUCCAGUAUCCCUUCACAUGGAAGGAAACAAGUUUCAUGGACAGAUUCCAGAAAGAUGGCAUCUACUAGUAUCAACCCAACAUAUUAAUCUUUCUCAUAAUGACUUAUCUGGUGCCGUGCCUGAAUUCUUUGAGCGAUUUGAUAUGCUGAAGCAACUUGAUCUGUCUUACAAUAACUUGGAAGGGUCUGUUCCUACUAGUGGGAUCUUUAAGAAAUAUGCUGCAGUAGUUCUGGGUGGCAACAAGGGACUCUGUUUAAAUUCCUCCAAGUUGAUAAAAAUAAGAAAUUCCUUUAGGCCAGCAUUACCAGUUUGUCCUCGCAUCUCAGCUUCAGUGACUAAAUCAAAACACCAUCUGUCAUUGCUGACGACCUCGCUGCUAAUUGUACUACCAACACUUAGUAUUGGUUCCAUGGUGUUGUUAUGGUUUCUGCUCACUCUUUGGAAGAAAGGGUUGUUUUCGUUUUCACGAUGGGAUCUUGUGUCCAAGGUGUUUCCUAAUAGAAGAGAAGUGCAUACAGCCCCGUGCCAUGAUGAUAAGAAGCUGAAGAGAGUGUCAUACCAGGACAUUCUUAAAGCUACCAACUGGUUUUCUUCGGUCCAUACUAUCAGCACAACCUGUACUGGUUCAGUUUAUGUUGGUAGGUUCAAGUCCGACAGGAGCCUAGUUGCCAUCAAAGUAUUCAACUUGAGUGAACCUGGUGGAUAUGAUAGUUACCUCAUUGAGUGUGAAGUGCUACGAAGCACCCGCCAUAGAAAUAUAAUGCGACCUGUGACCCUAUGCUCAACAUUGGAUUCACAAAACCAUGAGUUCAAAGCACUAAUCUUCGAGUUCAUGGUUAAUGGCAGCCUAGAGAAAUGGUUGCAUUCUGACCAACACAAUGGAAUCACAGAUAAAGGGCUAAGCUUUGGCCAGAGGAUAUGCAUAGCAGCAGAUGUGGCUUCUGCUCUUGAUUAUGCCCACAACGAACUGACACCUCCUCUGAUCCAUUGUGAUUUGAAGCCAAACAAUGUCCUUUUGGAUGAUGACAUGACUGCGCGGCUCAGUGACUUUGGCUCAGCGAAGUUUCUAUCACCAGGUCUGCUAAUUCCUAAAAGCCUGGAUGAUGUUGGAGGGACAAUUGGAUACCUGGCACCUGAGUAUGGAAUGGGUUGCGAGAUCUCUGUAGACGGCGAUGUGUAUAGUUUUGGAGUGCUUCUACUGGAAUUGCUUACUGGAAAACGACCUACUGAUGAUAUGUUUGUCGAUGGACUUAGCCUUUGUAAGUUCUGUGAAUCUAUGUUACCCGACAGAGUUGCAGAGAUUCUUGAUCCUCAUAUGGCGCAUGAGGAGCAUCAAGGGUGCGCAGAAGGAUGGAUUCAGAGAUAUAUUGUCCCCUUGGUUGCCCUUGGGCUGUCAUGUACCGUGGAAUCUCCAAAGGAUAGGCCCGGAAUGAAAGACGUUUGUGCAAAACUUUCUGACAUUAGAGCCUCUUUUCUUUAA